AAAGCCAUUAGAAUGACAUCAAGUCGUUCAUAUGGUACUUACAGUCUUCAAUUAACACUUGCGCAAAUGAAUUUAGUUCGAAAAACUUGGGCCCAUGCAAGGAAUCAAGGAGCUCUCGAACCUGCUAUGAGUAUUUUUCGAAAUAGCUUUUUCAAAAAUGCCGAAGUUCGCUCAUUAAUGAUGAAUGGUUCAAAAAAUGUUGGAUAUGAACGUCUUAAGAAACAUGCUAAGUAUUUCACCGAAAUUAUGGACAACUUAAUGAGCAACUUAGAAGAUGUCGAAACUGUGAUAAGCGAUUUGAAAGCAAUUGGCAAAGCGCAUGUUGUCGUAACAAGGGAUCAAUAUAAUUGCUCAUUUCGCGGUGCGCAUUUGGAUCACAUGGCAGCAGCCAUGAUCGAACGAACUCUAGAAUGGGGUGAACGAAAGGAUCGAAUUGAGACAACACAAACAGCUUGGACAAAAAUCGUACUUUUCGUCGUUGAACAAAUGAAGGAAGGAUUUAAUGAAGGAAUGAGGCAGGAAAGGAGAGCACGACAACUGCAAGUUUUAACUACUUUCGCAAUAAGUAAAAAAUAUAAAAAGAAAACCAACUGGGCACUGAUUCUGUGCUGUCAUUAA